AUGGCUUAGAACCAAAUAGUAGGAGCAAUUAAAAUAAAGGAUGGAUUAUUUAUUGGGGAUGAAUUUGCAUCAUAGGUUUAGUAUUGAAUUUAAAAAAGGAUCGAGAAUUUAUAAUUACAAAUAAAGUAACUCAUAUUAUUAAUUGUGCUGGCACAGAAGUUCAAAAUAAAUGGACAUUGAUGGGUGCAAAGUAUUUAACUUUUAAUUGGUUGGAGUAAGAUAAUGAAGUAUCAAUUCAAAUGUUGAUAUUUAGGUGUUAUUUGAUGAACGAGGUGAAAAUGUAAAUAAAAUAUUUACAUUCAUUGAAGAAUGUUUUCAAUAAGGAGAGAGUUGCCUAGUACAUUCAGUUAGAGGAUAGAGUAGAGCAUGUUGUGUGCUUGCUGCUUAUUUUAUGAAAAAGUUCGUUAAAUAAUUUAAAUUUUUAGAUAUUCUUGGACAUUAUAUAAAACAUUAGAAUUUUUGAAUUCCAGACGUCCAGAUCUUGAAAUUCGAGCAUCCUUUUUUUAUUAACUAAACGCAUUGGAAAACAGAAUGAAUAAACUCGGACCAAAAAGAACUGCUUCAUGGAAUGAACUAUCAACUGAUGAAUAAAAUCCUUAGCAUGUUUAGGAGGAGUUAAUCAUUAGAAAUACUUUUUUGAAUUCUCAUAAUGGUCCUGUCGAUGAAAUAUAUACUAACUUAUAAGCUAAAUAGGUAUAGAUUCACAUAAUACUUAAAGGGAGUCUUGGGAAAACCUAGCAAUCAGAAGUUAAAAUGGAGAGACUAAAUGAAUAAAGAGAAUAUUCAAUUAGCAACUCUGGUCUAUUCAGGUUCCCCUGAUUUCGUGCCUACUUCUGAAGUGAAUCUAAAACGCGAUUCUGAGACUUCAAUUUUAAAAGUAAAAUUAGAAUUUAAUUAGGGAGCAUAAAAAAACCAAUCUUUGAUCUAAUUGCCUAAACAACCCUAAAUCUAAACUAGUUUUCCAAAAAGCACUUAGAAUGUAAUAACUCAAGUAAGAUAAGAAAGCAGUAAAUCAUAAUAACAAGAAUAAAAUGACAUUAUAAUGAAUUCUAAUCUAAAUAAUGCAAAAUUAAUUAACAAUCCUUCAUUUUAGAAUAUGCUUAUGAAUUGUGCUGCUGCAAAAAGCAGAACACCAUAAUAAUAAUAAUAGUAAAUAACAUAAUAACAAUAAUAAAAUAUCAUUGAAUUAAAUAACAAAAAACCUUAAUUGAUUAAUAAUUUUGUAAAGAAUUCAGAGAAUACAACUCAAUAAUAACCUACUGCUGGAUCUAUUUUGAGUAGCAGCAAUUAAAUCUAUUAGAACUGUUCAAAUCCAAUCAGAAGCAAUUCUUUAUAAUAAAAUGACGAUAAAAAGUUAUCGACUGAUAUUUCUAAUUAGACCAGACCUAGCUCUUUGAAAUAAAAAGAUAACUAAAAUUCCAUUUUAACCAACUUUUAGGAAUUUAAAAAUCAAGUUUAAUAAUCCUUAAAUUAUUUUAAUAAAUAGGCUGAAGCGUUAUUGAAUUUUGAUAAGUCAUCCUAAUAAUCUCAAGCAACACAAUUAAUAAAUUAAACUAAUAAUACAAUCUAAUAAAAAAGUAAAUUAGAUUAAUUAAUUAGUCCAACAUCAAUUUAAACUAUGAAUUCUACUAAGCAUUCAGAAAUUCAAAAAACAUUAACUUAAUCAAUUUCAUAAUUAUAAUCUAGUUAUUAAAAGUUUUAGCAACUUUAGCAAAAAAAUUAAAUUAAACAAUCCUAAUCUCAAUCUUGCAUUUAAAAAUAACACAUUUAAAACACUGAAUUCUCCUAAUAUAAUCAACCCAUGAUUCUAAAUUAAACCAACAUAUAGGAUAGAAGUUCCUCUAUAACUAAGAAUUAGGAAACCUUAGAUUCCAAACUCAGACCUAGUAGUACUGAUGUCAAAGAUACUUAAAAAUCUAAUGUGUUACAAAAAAAAGAAAGUUUGUCUCCAUUUUCAAAAGAUCCAUUAAAAAAAGUAUCUUAACAGGGACCUCCUUUACCUUAAUCUAGUUCUCAAAUAUAUUUACGAAAUGUUUAAUGUAGAAGACAAGCAGCAUCUACGUUGAGGAACUAAUAAAAGCCAAAUAACUCAUUCUAAGAUAAAUACUUAAAUUAAAGUGCAAAUUAAGCUUAAAAUAACAGUUUUAAUAAUAAUAGUAAUUCCGCUAUAGAGGCUGAAUAAAAGUAAUAAGCAAAAGGCAUAGUUACAGACCUCAAUUAGUUUAAGAAACUAAUAUCACCUUAAAAUUUAACAAAGAGUUAGGCAUCCUUUAUUAAGAAUUAACCUAUAAGAGUCUUAUAAGAAUUGACAGAAAAGACUUAAUCACAAAAAUAAGUGUAUGAUCUUAAUAAUAUUUUCUAGAAAAACCAAAGAUAAUGUGUCAUCAACCAGUUUUACUUUAGUUCAAAAAACUUCCUCUGUAAAUACAAGAACCUUUUCACCGGCUAUUAAAAGUAUUCAAAUAUUAAUUAAAUUAAGAUGAACCUAAGAGUAAGGCAACGAACGUUUCUAAUGUCAGACAUAAAAUUAGGAAUUCAUCUCCAGGUAUAAUUAAUUAUCACAUAUCAUAAGGAAUAUCAAAGGAUUAGGAUUAGUCUAAUUCAUUUUAAAACAUAUCAUCAACUUUACAAGGAAAAAAUAGUUGGAAAAUGCUUUGA